AUGCCUGUUUCAAAGAUUGACUCCGCGCUCAAAGACUUAAUUUGCACCUUCAACGAGCUCAACAAUCCUACCAUUGAGGAGCUCGACUCCGAACCUAGCCCCUUGGAAUUCAUGCGAUAUGUCUCUCGAAAUUCGCCAUUUGUGGUACGUGGAGGUGCAUCGUCGUGGAAAGCUACUCGGGAGUGGGAUUCAAACUACUUGAGAUCGGCAAUGGCUGGACAGACCGUCAAGGUUGCCGUCACUCCUCACGGCAACGCAGAUGCACCAACAUUUUCGCCGAAAGACAAUGUUACUGUUCUAUCAAAGCCUCACGAGGAAUCUCAGAUGUUUGAUGAUUUCCUCACGUACAUUUUACAACAGGAGAGAGAUGAGUCUUUCCCGUCCGGAUCGGAAGUGUGGUACGCACAAACACAAAAUGAUAAUUUCAGGGACGAGUACUCUUGUUUGUUUCCAGAUGCACAAAAAGAUAUUCCGUUCGCACGCAUCGCCCUCCAGAAGGCACCAGAUGCGGUGAAUUUGUGGAUAGGCAACUCUAGGUCUGUAACAGCAACACACAAGGACAACUUUGAAAACAUAUUUGUACAGGUCGUGGGCAGAAAACACUUUGUUCUACUGCCCCCUGUAUGCCAUCCUUGUAUGAACGAGACUUUGCUUACUCCGGCUACCUAUGUCCGCGAUGAAGCUGGUCUUUCUAUUCGCCUUGAUGAAGGGGUAGAUCUGGUUCCCUUUGCGACUUGGGACCCAGAUGAUCCGCAAUCAAACGCCACGCGGUUUUCUCACUAUGCUCAACCAGUGCGAGUAACUCUAGACCCUGGAGAUAUGCUGUACCUGCCAGCCCUGUGGUACCACAAAGUUAGCCAAUCAACUAUCCCCGAACGCGAAGGGUUCGUCGUUGCCAUUAAUUACUGGUACGACAUGGAGUUUACUGGGCCCCUUUUUCCAGCGGCUUCCCUUAUUCGGACUCUGGCCAAUGACGCAACUUGA